CCCAUUAGGACGUCCUAUUUUGGAAGGGUUAAAAAAAACGGUUUCAUCGGCUUCUUGAUCUGCAUUGCAAGUACCGAAAAGCUGUUCAAAGUACCUCUUAACACACAAGCUGAGCCAGGACCAUGUUGAGUUCUUUAGGUGCAUUCAAGGACGGGGAGGGUUUAACAACAACUCUACGGCUGCGCAGUUCAUGGCUUCGUACAGACGACUGUUGAUUCAGACAGAAGUGACGUCUUCCAACUUGGGGAAUUGCUCUCAAGACAUGGUAUCAAUCCUGACGGGAUCUAUUUUUAUGCCUGAAGAAGAUGCAACCAGUACCCUUAACGACACCAGAAGGGCACCCGUCAUGCAGUCAAAAGAUCACGAUUACAAGCACCGUAUUCCCCGUCCUGAAAGCCUGUCCCCUUUUGUCACUUCUAUGGCGCCAUACAUUGCGGGCUUUGUUGUUUGCAAAGUUUGUUCAACUACAACAUGGCAACAGUGUAUUGCAGCCCUGCAUUCACAAGAGCUGGCACCUCUUGCUAGGCAAAAAAAACGGGGUGAACUGGUUUCUCCAUCACAAGACAUCAUCGGGCUGUGCGAAGCUGUCGAGAAAGGGCUGCCGCAGUUGAAGGCCGAGUGGGAAACCGUCAAAGCGGUGCAGCAUAGGACCAAACAGUUGAUCUUGGAAGUGUUGAGUGCGUUGCUAGAGAAGAAAUGGUUUUUGCAACUGGAACCGCACCUUCUACGCUGCGAUCUUCUAGACAACCAUAUUUACAGCUUGUGUAAGAAGCUGGCUAAAGAGUAUCUUAAGGUCAGAAUUCACCACAUGACAAAGGAAAAGAACAAAGAAAUGAUCAAGGACAAGGCGAGGCCGCUUCUGUCAAAAGUGAUUAUUAUCAGACAUCAAUAAAAUAAACCAUCAAUACGACAGUUUUAACCAAGGCUUGGUUUUAACUCAUCAAUGUCAUAUUUUGAAGGGAUUUUUUUAGGGUUGUAAUUGUCUCGCUGCUUAUUAUAGGCCAACUAAGUGCUAAGAAACGACCAAUAAAUUGUUAUUACACGAGCUGUUUGUUGACUUCCCUGUUUUGUA